GCAUGCGCUCGCGGGCGCCCCCGAUCCAGGCCUGCUCCCCGGUGGCUGCAGGGGGCGGGGAUUAGGGUCUUCGCGGCUUCUCCAUUAUCUCGUUGAGGGGCAAGGGGGAAGGUUGCUACAGGUUACAUAGAGUGCGCCUCUGCGCGGAGUACUAAGACACCCAAAGCCUUUCCUGGAUGAUACUGAGACUGGCAGUUCACCGUCUAAAGGCAGGCACAGGUUAUAGACAAGGGCUUAAAAUGCAACAACUGCGUGGAGAAACUGGUGUGGAAGAGGUAGCCAGAGCAGAUGUUAAUGAGCAAGAGGUGUCAGAAGAGUCUUUGAGUGACUGUAGAACUCAAGGCACCCAGACAAACAAUGAAAACACUCUUUUAAAAGCAGUGGUUGAAGUACCAUUACAGUCAGAAUCUGUAGAACAGAGGCCUAAAGAGGGGAUCAGAGAUGGUGAAGUUGAAUAUAGAAAAAAAGACAACAUUACAAAUGAUUACAGCAGUGGAGACAGCUUGAUAGAUGUGAAAACAGACAUUCAGCCUGAAAAGAAAACUGUGAUCUCUGUAUCUGAAACAAAUGAACAAAAUGAGCAGCAAUUAAGUGGUGAUCAUAAACCAGUGGUUGAUCUAUCCAUGCAAAAGGUAGAAGAAACAAAAGGUUGCUCAAGAAUGACAAAAAAGGCUUUGAGAGACAUCUGCAAACAGCAAAAAUUGUACUUGACCCCGUCCUUGAAUGAUACACUAUAUUUACAUUAUAAAGGAUUUGACCGUCUUGAGAAUCUUGAAGAGUACACAGGAUUGAAGUGUUUAUGGCUGGAGUGCAACGGCUUAACAAAAAUUGAGAAUCUGGAGGCUCAGGCAGAGUUGCGCUGCCUAUACUUGCAACUCAACUUAAUUAGUAAGAUUGAAAAUCUUGAACCACUACAAAAGCUGGAUUCUCUCAACAUCAGUAACAAUUAUGUCAAGACCAUUGAAAAUCUCUCUUGUCUGAGAGUGUUGCAUACUCUUCAGAUUGCUCACAAUAGGUUACAAACUGUGGAAGAUAUACAGCAUUUACAGGAGUGUCCAAGUGUAUGUGUUCUUGACCUUUCCCACAACAAACUAGAUGAUCCACAAAUUAUAGAUGUUUUGGAGACCAUGCCUGAUUUGCGUGUGCUGAAUUUGAUGGGAAAUGAAGUGAGAAAGAAAAUUUCUAAUUAUCGAAAGACCCUUACCGUACGACUGAAACAAUUAACAUACCUGGAUGAUAGGCCAGUUUUUCCAAAGGACAGAGCCUGUGCAGAAGCCUGGGCCAAAGGAGGGAAUAAAGCUGAGAAAGAAGAAAGGGAAAAAUGGGAGAACAGAGAGAGAAGGAAGAUCCAAGACAGUAUUGAUGCUCUAGCAGCAAUCAGGCAAAAAGCAGAAGAGAGAAAAAGACAAAGAGAAAGGGAACAGAGUGUUGCACAUGAAAAGUGUGAAAACAUAAACAUAAAGUCAUUGGAAGGAAACUUUCUACCAUCAGGUGACAGGAUUGCAACUGACAGUACUUCAGGGAUAUCAAAUCCUUCUGAAGAAGCAGAAACUCAACGGAAGAUUGAGAAAUUUGUAAAUGAAAGCAUGGAAGUCCACGAUGAAUUUACAUCUGCAAUCUCCAACUGUGAAUAUCAGUCUAAUAUCUCAAAUUGUAAGAUUGUAAUUAAAGUUCAGGAGGAUGAGCGAGAAUCAGAUGCUCACAAGUGCCCAAAUUUUACCACUAAAGGCGAAGAAGUACUUCCAGGGAAGAUGGCUACUGAAAGUGCCCUAGUAACUGAACUGAAUGAAUCUGCAGAUGUAGAACAAAUUAAACUGGAAAUUCCAGAGAAGUUUUACAUUGAUGAACUGCCUGAUUUAGAAGAUGUAGGUGCUAGUGAAUUCUCUCAAGAAGAGGAAAUCUCAACCAGAAAGCAAACAUAUCAUCCAAAGAUUGAAAUAAUUUCUGAAGUAACUAAUGAUGAGGAAUCUUUAUCAGAGGAAUAUGGUAAAACCACAUUUGAGAAUUUAGUAACAGAAGAGAUCCCAACAGCCAUCUUUUCAAAUAUAUACAAAGUACCUGAAGACAGUCAAAAGAAAACCUUAAGUCCCCUUGUGGAAGCCUUAUUAGCAGAGCCUUUGAAUACAGAGACAAACUUGGAGACCAAAAAUAACCAAGCCAGACCUCCAAAACCAUUGGUACUAGAGAUUAUUCCUGAAAAUGAGUGUGAUAUGCCAGUGUCAUCAGCCUGCAAUAAAGUGGAUAAUGGUAAUGAUCCAGUCCCAUGGGAAGAGGACAGUGGGGACAAUCACAUUGCACCCUUUUGUUCUGGGACUAGUGCUGACGACAAAACUGAUCCGUGCCUAGCUGAGAAUGGAACGAUUGCUCAUAAACCACAAGACGGCAACAAGCAGAUUGAAUAUGGAUUAGAUUAGCAAUGGAUAAAAUGGACUGAAUUUGGAAUAAGUCACUGAGGCUGACUCAUGAAACUUCCAAAAUACCCAGUUUAGCAAUUAUUCAGUUAAUCAAACACCAGAGACAACACUUUUGGUAACCUUAUUCAGAACUACUGUCUUUAAUAAAAGGCCUAUUGCCCCAUUACCCACUCUCAGCCAGCAAAACAACUUAGCCCUCAGAAACACUAUGCUAAAAGGCAGUACUGUUGUGAACAUCAGAGAAAUUUGUGCCAAAUACAUUACUGUGCAGAAAGGAAGUGCUAAUAUCUAGCAAAUCCACAGAUGAAAAGUGCCUUAUGGGCUGAUUUUCAAGAUACUGAGCUCCCUCAAGAGUUAGUAACAAUUAUGAGUGCUCAGUACCUUUGAAAACCAGGUACCUGAUAUUUAAAAUUUGAAUGCAGGCUUUUUUUUCAGAGUUCUGUUUAUUUCUCGCAUUUUGACAAAAAACCCCAAAACAUAUUUCUAUCCUAGAAUGCUGUUUAUUUACUUAGUUUUAACCCAGAGCUCAUUGUUGUUUCUUGUUUGGUUAAAUAAAGAUUCUGUUAGGAA